AUGCCCUCCGCCUUAGUUGUGACGUUCGCGCAAUCGACCGUCCUAAAUGCCAUUUCCAACCUCCUGGCCCAGCUAAUCGACCAGCGCAAAAACACCACUCCAUUCACACUCAACACACUCGCUCUGCUUCAAUUCGUCACAUAUGGCAUCCUAAUCGUGCCAAUCAAUUUCUACUGGCAACGCGCCCUAGAGACGCGCUACCCAGGAUUUCCCUCACGAGCCGAGUUCUCAAAUUUCCUCCGCUUCUGGCGCUCUCUUUGCUCCUUCUCUGCUUUUCGUUCAUUUUUCUCAUCUGCUAUUUCUACCGAGGCUACGCCGAGUGUCAGCGAUGAUACUACGGGUCUCCCUCGGCAUCGCGAAAAGGAGAAGCAGCAGGAGACUCGAUGGGCGCCUAGGGCGCAGCGUUCGGGACUGCAUAGCUUUGUGAUGAAGAUUCUGUUUGAUUUGACUGUGGCGGGGGCAAUGAAUAUUGUGCUUUUUGUGGUUUUGAUUAAUUUUUUGAAGGGGGAGAGUCUGGGGAAGGUGUGGGAGUUGGUUCUUGUGGAUUUUCGUCCCAUCAUGAUUGCCCGUCUAAAGUAUCGCCCUGUGGUCUCGACCUUGAUGUACACAGUCAUCCCUGUCGACCGGCGCGUCGUCUUCGGCAGCGCCUGUGGGGUGAUUUGGGGAGUUUAUCUCAGUCUGUACGCGGUGGUUUAA